AUGGAAGAUGAGGCCUUCACUGACAUCAGAGGCAAAACCAUAUCCCUGGACUGUCAGAGUCACUCCAGUCUGUGCAGGGAGUUCACUGUCAGCGUCCCCAAAGUGUCCAUCGGUAAGGUGGUGGUGUACACCUGCUGUGUGUGGCUGCUGGCCUACGCUGUGUUUUUCAUCACAGAGAACACCGCAGUUCUGUCCAGUGCUAUAUUAGUCACUCUGGGCGGCAUGAUGCUUCACAUCCACUUUGUGAAGGUCGACCACGAGUCCCUGCUUGUCAUCGGCUCGUUGGGCAUACAGGUGACCUCCAGUUACGCCUCAGGCCGCGAGACCACCACGUUCAUCGAGAUGAGCAACAUCAAGGAUAUUGUCAUCAAUGAGGCUAUUUACAUGCAUCAGAUCAUCUACUACCUUUGUGUGCUGUUGAAGGACCCUUCAGAUCCUAACGCUGUGUCAAGUGUCGUGCCAUUGUUUCAGAGCUCAAAGCCAAGGCUCAACUGCUUGGUGAAAGUUUACAAAAGCUGUCAGGAGAUACUUUCAAAGUGCUGACAACACAAAAGUCAUACAUUAGCGAUGUUUCUGGCUAUGCAGUAUACGGUCAAUAUUUCUUUAAACGUUAUUGUUUUCAGUGGAUGAAAGCAGUAAUCUUUUUUUUAUAUUUUUUCUUUAAAUUUUUCUCCUUUUCUCACUUGUAUGAAUGUGAAUGUAACGUACUGAAUACAAAUGUAAGCUGUGCCAUGUUUUAAAGGAAAUAGUUUCAUGAUGAAUUCAUGCUGUUUUCUGUUGUGUAGUGACUUGAAUAAUAUGUGAAAAAUAGCACUGAUGUUUAGACUACUUGUUCAAACCUUAAGAGACAAAUCUUCUCACUGAUUUGUAUUAGAAGUUAUAAAUUACCUUUAAUAUUUUUUACUUAUUUAUACCUUUAGAUUUGAAUUGACUAUAUUAUGCAAAUGUCUGUAUUUUACAAACAUUCCCGCACUGUAUUUUUGAUAAAAAAUAAAUUUGAUUAAAAAAACAUAAAUCAAUUUUGUUCCUAAAUUUUUUGCUGUAACUUGUAGAUGGUGUCUUUUUAGGGUAAAUGCUUUUAAGGAGCUUUACUCUCCCUCUCCAGUAGGGGGCAGCGCCACACUUAUUCAAACUCACCCAAAUCAAACUUUUCAUGAAUCACUUCAGACAAAAUGCACAUAAAUGUACAGAAAAGUAAUCCUACUUUUGUCCACAGUUACAUAAGAGUGCAGCCUUUGUGGUUACCCUGUAUGUUCACACAAAGCUUUAGAAAAGAAAGAUGUAGUGUAAGAUGUGAUGUGUUUACGUUGUGUUUUCAUAAAUAAAC